AUGAAGACUGCCUAUGCAACCAUCCUCGUUGCCCUUUCGGCGGGCAGUGGCCUGGCGGCGCCGGUCGACACUUCGACGUCUCCCAACCCUGCCUAUAAAGCGAAGAGGCAGGUCUUCUGGUUGAAUUGCACCACCCCCCAGCUUCAACAAACGUGCGCGGCAUUCAACACCCGCUGCAACCGUGGUGGGUUUGUGUCAACGGACUACCCAGCCCUCUGCGGAGAGCCUCAUGGUUGCAAAUGUGAAUAUUAUGGUGGUUGCGACACCAUUUGCCGCCAGAAACUGGGAAUCAAGGAUGACCCUGCGGUUGCCGAGGGAAUCAAGACCGAGGAGCAGGGCCGAACGGAGAAGGAGGCUGGACAUUAA